UUUUAAUACCAGCAUGGACUCGAUCGAUUCGCUCUACUUUGACUAUUUUAGUCUAGCGCUGCCUCACAUGUUUGUUGUGGAGCUCGGCAACGUGAGACAGUUAUGGGUCGACGCUCAUCAAGCAGUGAGGGCGAAACCCGAAGCAAGAAGAAAAAGAAACAGCGUCGCCGCUCGUCUUCAUCUUCAUCUUCUUCGUCCUCAUCUUCUGGUAGCAGGGUGACAAGCAGCAGGAGUCACCGGUCCAGCCGCCGGAGCCGUUCACGAUCCAGGGACAGGAGACGAAAGAAACGUUCAAGCAGCAGCUCAUCCCGAGGUUCAUCUCAUAAAAGGAGAAGUCGGAGCGGUGACAGGGGAAGGAGCCACCGCUCGCACAGGUCACGCAGCCGGGACCGAAGGUCUCAUUCCCGCCACCGGCGCUCUCGCAGCAGGAGCCGAGGAAGCCACGGCCGCCGAAGAAGCCGCAGCAGAGAGCGGACCCGGAGCCGACAUAAGGGCCGCGAUAAAGACAAGGGACGGGAUCGGGACCGAGAGAAGAACAAGGACAAGGCGGAGAAAAAGACGGAUACCGUGAGCAUGAAACUUGGAUUGGAACAUCUGACGCCAGCAGAACAGGCUAAGGUUCGAAUGCAGAUGGUCCUCCAGGCUGCAGCCAAAACAGAUGAAGUUCUUAAGGCCAAAAUAGCCAGGCAAGAGCAGGAGACCCGAAAAAAGCUGGAUAUAGAGGGAGCUUCUCUGGAGGAGCAAGUGCGAAGGAUAAAGGACAUCGAGGCCAUCGAGGACGACUCCUUUGUUCCGCAGGCUUUCAAAUCAUCCCGGGACGACGUCAAGACUGAGCCCGUGGUGAAGCAGGAGUCGGAAAAGACGGACCACGUGGACCUCAGUUUCCCCCUGUCCAUCGUCUAUAACGACACCGACACUUUGGCCCAUCCCGCUUUGUUCAUGGACAAGGAGAAGGCUGAGGAGUUGUGGCUCAACAGGCUUAUUUCACUUCGCCAGGAGAGGCUCAUGGGAAGUCCCGUGUCCUAACCUGAGAACGCCAGGAGAGCCGUCCCAAAAAUUUAUAUUGUUGUGGCAGAGUUGUACAGUUUGUAGGACACAUUUAAAGCGUGGUAGCAAAACAAUUUGAAACACUUUAUCUUCUUGGUUUUCAUUGUAGAAUAUGCUGCGUGUAUUCUCCUUUGUAAACAACUUCAAUAAAAAGUACUGAUGGAAAACU